AUGGAGACCGCAGUGCCUGUUCCGUGUACUUUUUCUAGCCAUGAUCUGGCUAAUGUCACUCAUCGACGCAUGAUGGCACCUCACCACGAGCAAAACAUCACUUACUACUCGAACCCGGCGCUUUCAUACGCAGCUCCGAUCCAGUCCUCCUCGCUCGACUUCGGCCAUAUUCUGAAUACCAACCAGCAUCCGGCGGCAUCCUACCACGGAUUCUUUGGACAGAACCAUUCGCAGCAGCAACCACCGCCGCCACAGCAGCAGCAGCAGCAACAGCAGCAGCACCCGCAUCAUCCACAGCAUCACCCACAACACCAUCCGCAACACCAUCCACAACACCAACCGCAGCACCCUCAUCAGCCCCAUCCACCACAUCCGCAGCACCAGCAGCACCCACCGCAUCAGCCUCACCCAUCUCACCAACCUCACCCAUCGCAUCAGCCGCAUCAACCGCACCAGCAGCAACAGCAUCAACCCCAUCCGCACCACCCGCAGCAGCAACCACCACCGCCGCCGCCUCCGCACGCGCAACAUCCCCAGCACCCACAGCAUCAUCCUCACCCACAACAGCAACAGCAACAGCAGCAUCAACAACCGCAGACGCAACCUCAGCCGCACUUGCCACCUUCGCAGUCACGGUUGCCACCAAACCAACCAACUACUCUGCAACAGCCAAUCCAGGAGCCUCGGCACGCAAAGAAUGGCGUCUCUCGCAUGGUUGGGACACCGGCCACACGGGUAGAGGAAACGCAGCCUGCGCGCGCCCCUAUUGAUCAACCACCUCGGAGUGCUGAAAUCAGCAAGCUGCCGUCACCACCAGGUAGCAAGCCGGAGGUUGAGUUCUCUACCGAAAUCGAUACUCUUAUGAGAGCAAUUCAAUCAAAGCCACGAACCACGUCGCAAACUCAGCUACAACUACCGCCACUCCAAAAGUUCAACAAUGGCACAUCUGCGUCGAGUAAUGUUGCCAUGCACGGAGGGGCUCCCGAAUGGGCUCAACCAAACUAUGGGGCUCCCAUGUCUCAGGAACAGGCCCAACAAAUACAACAGCCUGGCUAUGCCCCUCAUCAGCAAACUCGUGGUGCUUCGAAGCAAAAGUCGCGACGCAAAUAUGAAUGUACUCUUCCCGACUGUCGCAAGAAUUUCACCCAGAAGACCCAUUUGGACAUUCACAUGCGAGCUCAUACCGGUGAUAAACCAUUCACUCACGAACGGCGACACACAGGAGAAAAGCCUUAUUCCUGUGAUAUCUGCCACAAGCGUUUUGCUCAGCGAGGGAAUGUUCGCGCCCACAAGAUUACCCAUGACCAAGCAAAGCCGUUUACUUGCAGGCUCGAUGACUGUGGAAAGCAAUUCACUCAACUAGGAAACCUCAAGUCUCACCAGAACAAGUUCCAUGCGCAGACUCUGAGGAACCUCACCGUGCGCUUUGCUAUGAUAACUGAACCUGACAGAAUGAGCCCGCAGGAUGCCGAGCUAUGGGAGUACUUUGCCAUGCUCUAUAAAAACAGCAACAAGGGAAUCAAAGGCCGUGGCAAGGACCGUCGCGUUUCGUCAACUGCCAAAACCCGCGCGAAUUCUACCAAGACGACCACCUCAGAUGCUGCUGCCAAUAAUAUCAUCAGUUCUGCUCCUGCUCCUACUCCCGCGGCCCCCUCAAGUAGCAGAAUGCCCGCCCACCAGCUCCCUCUUGGCAGCGAAGAAGAGGCAAAGCUGAUGCGAGAGCGAAGCUACCAUCGUGGUACUUACCUUGGGACACCCAGCAGUGAUGAUGUUGAAUUUCAUGAACAAAUAUAUCAACGAGGCGCGCACUGA